CGUGCUGCGGGAGCGCCCAUGCGGGAGCGCGCGUGGUGUCUCCGCAUGUGACGUAGCAGCUCUCCGGACUUCGCCAGGACUCGUGUGACUGAAGCAGAGCAGGGGAUUUGUGGAUCGGUAGGGAGCUGUGUACUAGUCCAGAAGAUUCGGAAAUGUCUGGAGAGAACGAAGAAACGCAGAACACGGAGGAGACUCCUGUUGAGGACAAGGAUGCUCAAGAAAAAAUGAUCAGUCUUGAAAAGGCAGAGGAGGCAAAACUGAAGGCCAGAUAUCCAAACCUUGGAAAUAAGCCUGGGGGUUCUGAUCUCCUCCGCAAACGUCUCCAAAAGGGACAAAAAUACUUUGACUCGGGAGACUACAACAUGGCUAAAGCAAAGAUAAAGAACAAGCAAUUGCCAACAGCUGCUCCAGAAAAGGCAGAGAUCACAGGGGACCACAUUCCCACCCCCCAAGAUUUACCCCAGAGGAAACCCUCCUUGGUGGCUAGUAAACUGGCUGGCUGAUGCUUAUUCAAAGCCUGUCAUACUCCCUCGUCCUAACCCCUUCCACUCAGUCUCAGAGCUGUAACAUAACCUUUCUCUUCUGUCAUAUUUGUUUUUGUCUCUUGCUCCACCUUCUGUAGGUGCUCCAUUGCUUUUACAUGCUCCUCUAUUGUAUACAUCCCUGUAUAAUACACUGAAUGACAGAUCAUCAGCGUAUGAUGGAGUAGACUGUGAAGCCUGUGUGACUGUGGGAUGGCAGGUAAUUUGGUGCUUCAUUGUGGAACAAAGAGGUUAGCAGUAGAAGCUGCACUUUGUAGAGAUGUGAUGGUUCGUAAGUGAUGAAUACCAUCCCUCAGUUUGAAAAUAUACUGUAUAUACUUUUAUUUGGUUUGGCACAGGGUCAGACUUCAGCCUUUUAGAAUGUUUUACAUUGCAUUUGUGUUAUCCACUGUAUUUCACUACUUUUAAUUAUGCUGUCAAUAUGCUUGAUGAACUGAAUAGUGUAAUCCAAAAGCCCAGUUUAAAUAACUGACUGAGUUUAUCAUAAUAAAGCUAAAAGCUAUUUGAGUUGCAUGUGAAAAACCAGGCUACCAAAGGCAACCUCAAGUCUCUUCAAAAUGCACUAGACAUGAACAUAAGUGCAGACAAGCUCAGUUUCAGCUUGGAAGUGCAAAGGGUUUAGUGCAUUUCAGUCAACUCCAAAUUUCAGGAAACUUUUUUGUGGGGGUCUCCUGUUAUACGAUAUUUGAAAUGCAACCUACCGUAAUAGCCAAAAUGUCCACAUUCAAUGCUUAAAUAGUUAUUGCAUUCAGUACAGUAAUAAGAACAUCUUGUAUCACAGGGAACAAAUUCAUAUAAAUUGUGUGCAAACGUGGUAAGAUGCUUUAUAAUCAAAAGUUGUUAAAUGUCUUUGGCCUGGAUAUCUCCUUGGCCUUAAUGUAUGGAUGAAGUUUACUGCGAUGUGAGAAAUGCUAGCUAGUACUACAUCUUUAUGAGCUGCGCAUGUGUAUGGCUGCCCUGCUGUCACUUGGUGCCAUUUUGUUUUGUAAAUAAAAUAGUUUUGCACAAACUGAA